CUCCGCCGCUCAAACCACCCAGAAGCCUUGUCGCCUCCCCUCUCCCCUUGUUGCAGACGGAAAGCUGGACCCGCCCCAACAGACUCUUCACCGUGGAAACUGUUGGGUUCAAUAAUCAGUGAAGGCAGCUCUUCAACUCAGGCAUGGCAGACGGCAGGCAGCCAGACGAGCACUGGACCUCCAACGGCCAGGAGAACGGCGAGAACGGCUAUUCCUCCUACAGCUACCGGGAGAAUGGGUACCACGGCGGGGCGGCUGCUGGGACAACAGCGGAUGACUCAGCCAAUUUGCCUCCCUCCCCUCCCCCCUCUCCGUCCGCUGAGCAGACCGGGCCCGUGGGACAAGAGGAUAAAGUAGAGGUUGUCAGUCAACCGCAGGAUGAAAGGGCCGGCACUAACCAGGAGGAAGUGGAAAGUGAGCAGCCAGGAAACAAUCUUCUAGAACAAAGAGAUUGUUUAACAGAGGUCCAGGAUCUGGGCUUCAAACAAGCCCAGAUACCUGACGCCCUCAAUGGAGGAAGCCAUGCACACAGCCCGUCAAAUCAAGCCCAGCCAGAGGAGAGCACCAGCAAUGCACCUGCAAUAACAGAAGAUGAACAAGAAUCGGAUAAAUCUGCCUCGGAUAAACCUUCUCUUCCCUUGGUUGAAGAGAAAGAUCACUGUGAUGUUCCUUCAAGUGAACAAGCUCAAGAAGCUAGAGAUGAACCAUUAGAAGAGUCUGUACCAGCAGAAAACUUGUCUAAUCCCGGUGUGGUAGACAAAAUGGAAACUACCAAACAAAACCAAUCAGGAGACCUUAAGACUGAAAUCAAAGAACCAGCAAGAACAGCCGUUGUGCCAUUGAAAGUUGAUCAAGAAGAAAAAGACAAGGCCAGUCAAGGACAGGAAGCCACAUUAGAUGUGUAUGUAAAGGAUAUUGAAGAAUCCAAGAACUACUUUGAGACUUCCGCAAAAAGCCCAGACGAUGUGCUGCCACAAAGCUAUUAUGAGUUCAGCCCAACAGACACUACCAAGGUCAGUGAGAAUAUUGAAGCUUUUGGGACGGAAGAAAAACAAGAAAAAAGUGAGACAUCACCUGGUGAAACGUCUGUCAAACAAACUAGUCUUUCUUUCAGCACUAAUGUUGGAUCUUCAUUAGAGGAGAAAGUGACGGAAAAAGAGUCAAAAACCUCAGAAAGUUUAUGUUCCGUCAGUGGAAGCUUUAAUGUCGGAGAGGUUUCUCCAAUAACUCCAAUUGUGGAGAGCCAGUUGUCCAGUUUUACUCCUGAGGUAUCCAUCACUCCAAGCUCUACUAUUUCCCCCAAGCAUGUCCCAACAAAGACACAAGCCUCUUUUGAAAAGGAUUCCUCCAGUUUCACUCAACCUGGAAGCCUGUCUAACAUGUUGGACUUGGCUGGAGCUCUGCCUCAAUCUUUAUCUCCAAGGACAGGAGUCGACUACAUGAGACGAAAGUCAGUGCCUGCCAACGUAGCAGUGCUGUCCGGCAGUUCUUUGGUUGAGUUCUCCUUGGCAGAUGAAACAUCAAAAUCUGCAGCAGGAAAGCAGCAAUUGGAGGAACUUGGCUACUGUGUGUUUAGUGAGUAUUCGGCACCCAUGCCUUCUCCUGCCGAUAUCCCCAAUCCUGGAGACUCCCCACACCAGCGUUUUCCUUCGCUAGAGGCUGAAGUAGAAGAGGAAGCUCAAAAACAAAUACAAGCUGAUCGCAAAGUAAUUGUCCCUGAGAUCUAUCAGAAAACGAUGUUGGACAAGACAGAUUCACCGAAAAAAACGUUGAUCCUCGAACGAGCUGUGACAAGUGGAAUAAAACCGGAUCGUCUGAGAAUCCCAAUGACAACAUCCAAAGACCGACUAACCGAGUUUCGCCUUGAGACUGGCCUACCAGGGGACAUCAAAAUCCAACCAAUCCCCGAAGUAGAUAUUGAAAAAGAUCCCUCUAGAGAGGCUUCUCCCAUCCCACCAGACAAUUCUUUUACUUUCACUCCUAUGGAAAUUGGAAGCAAAAGUCCACUGAUUCCCAGCACCCCCAAAUCUCCAACUGAGUCAGCAUUUGAGGCGCAAUUCACUGGAGAUAAGGGAACUGCACACGACAUUCCAGAAGACAAUUCAGGAAGGUCUGAUGAUGAGACAAGGAAUUUAGAGAAAGAUGUGGACAAACCUGAUUCUAGUUUAGAGGAUGUACAAGGCAAAGAUGACGGAGAGGUGAAUACCACUGGACCAGCAUCUUCUCAGCUGUUACAGGAAAUCUCAGAUGAAAAAGAUAAAAUGUUUCUAAAGCUUUUGGCAAACCAGGAUAAGUUAAAUUCUGUUCCUCAAUUGAUCUUCGAAAAUGCUUCAGAUGAAAAAGACAUCCAAUUAGGUGAGGCACCAAAGUCGCAAAUGUCGUCUCCUGUCAUUAUCAUACCCCAAGCACAAGUAGAUGAAGAAGAGGAUGAUGUUGAGUUAGCAGAAGAGCCUCGAGAGACAUUUGAUGAAGGUGAACCUUUGGGCCAUAAUACAGAUCAAGGCGAGAGUCUUCAUCCAACUCAAAGAAAAGAGGUGGUGACGCUGACAGUGGGCGACCAGAUACAGGAAGACGACCUCAGAUCUGGAGCAGAAGACUGGAGCCAUAGCGCCCAAAACAGCGACUAUGGAGAGCAGGCAACUGACAGCUCACACCUAUCUCCUUGCUCUGACCACGAUCUACCACAGCAGACUGAAGACGGGGAUGACCUGGAAGUAGAAAAAGAUGACAACAAGGCGGAAGAACCUAAAGAGGGUGAAGUAGAGACAGAUAAAAAGCAAAUUAGGGGUGAAGACGAUAAGGAAACAAGCAAAAUUGAAGAAGGGCAGAUGGAAAAAGAGAUCAAGACCGGUUUGGAAGAAAUCAGUCGUGCAGCUGAUGAUGAAACUACCAUGGAUGUGUCCGUUCUUGAUACAGACAGUGGCUGGAUGGACUCACAAGAUGAGGACAAAAGUAUCGUGAGCGAGCGAGUUGAAGUCGUUCCUCCAGCCCGGAUUUUAGCCAGCACACCAGCGGUGGUGGAUAGGGUCGGUAAAAGGGGUACUAGCAGAGGAAGGGGUCGUCCCGCUACCACUGAUACUAAAGUGGCUCGCAAAACACCAAUCCUACAUCCACCGAAAGAGGAGACAAAGAAGAAAAAAGUAGGCAUGAGGAGGGCUGACCAGAAUAAGGUGUCAGCCCUUCAAAGUCGCUCUCCAUCUCGAAAGAGUGGCGCCAAAGUGGCGACCAGACAUCCUAGGCCUCUGCCUCACAGUUCUGCUAGACACAAGGCCACAGGUGGAGAGCACCACCAUCCCCUCAGUGUUGCCCAACAAUCCAGGGAACGACCUACUAGCCCCACGAGGGCGCUUCUCUUAAAGAUGGCCGCCCAGCGAGCCGGGGCUUCCCCUCGGCCCAGCUCUGCCUGUAGUCUAAAGCGGAGCCCCCUCGUUGAGGCGGAGCUCUGCCAGGCUCGCCCUAACUCCGCAUGCUCGCAACCAACCCCUCAGUCCGGCAAAUGGGCCGGUAGAGGGAAGGAGAGAACAUACCGAAGCCCGGAGAAGAGGUCAUCCCUCCCCAGGCCUGCCAAGUCGCUGACUCGCCACAUCCCUGCUGCUGAACAAGAAGACAAUGGCACCCCUUCCAGGCCAACCUCAAUCCGAACAGAACCCAGAGGGGACAACAGGUCCGGAAGAGCCCCUAGUAUGGCAGGCACAGACUCGGCCCGUUCGCGCUCGGCCCGCAGUGGCGCCUCCACCCCUGGCGCCGUCACGCCCGGGACGCCUCCCAGCUACUCCUGCCGCACGCCGGGGUCGCGCACGCCCGGCAGCCACACGCCCAAGUCCUUCAGCGUCCUGCAGGAGAAGAAGGUGGCAGUGAUCCGAACCCCUCCGAAGUCUCCAUCCUCGGUUCAGCGGCAGCUCAAAGUCAUCAACCAGCCCCUACCCGACCUGAAGAAUGUCAAGUCUAAGAUUGGGUCCACCUCUAACCUUAAGCAUCAACCGAAGGGUGGACAGGUUCAAAUUUUAAGUGAGAAGCUGGACUUCAGUCAUGUUCAGUCAAAGUGCGGCUCCAAGGAUAAUCUGAAGCACACGCCCAAAGGAGGCCAUGUCAUGAUUCCAAGUGUUAAGCUGGACUUCAGCCACGUUCAGGCCAAAUGUGGCUCCCUGGACAAAGUUAACUACACUGCAAGCGGGGGAAACGUUCAAAUCCAGACCAAGAAGAUUGACUUGAGCCACAUCACGUCCAAGUGUGGCUCCAUGUCCAACAUUCACCACAGGCCAGGAGGAGGUAACGUGCGUAUUGAAAAUGUGAAGCUGGACUUUAAAGACAAAGCUCAUGCUAAGGUGGGAUCCCUGGACAACGCCACCCACACUCCAGGAGGGGGAAAUGAACAGAUCGAGAGCCACAAGCUGAGCUUCCGGGAAACGGCCAAAGCCCGCGUCGACCACGGUGCCGAGAUCGUCAUCACCCACUCCCCUGGGAUGGAGACGGGAGGAACCUCUCCCCGCCUGUCGUCUGCCGGAAGCAUCAACAUGAUGGAUUCGCCGCAACUCUCCACCCUGGCGCAGGACGUCACGGCCGCCCUCGCCAAGCAGGGCUUAUGAGCUUACGGGAAAGUAAUAAAAAAAAAAAGUAAAAAAAAAAAAACAAGACAAAAAAAACAGUUAUCCCCUCCUUCCAUCACCUUCAUAAGAUACCAGUGUUUUCCCAUGGUGCUUGAACGCAACACAACCCCACAUGACUACAGUUGAGUUUUGUCAGAUUUAAAAAAAAAAACUCUUCAAAAAAUGGGAUACCCUCCUUCAUUUUAUUGUAUUUUAUUUUUUGAUUAUGUAUUUGCUCAAAGUAAGAAAAAAGUUCUGAUUGUCUCAGAAAGCGGUUUUUACGAUUGUACACUUUUAAAGGUGGGGAGUCCACGCGAGUGCUAGGUACUUGACGAGCGCUUGACCUUAAAGAUGCAGCCGCGCACGCGUUUGUCGCCUAGCGGUCCUGCUAAUGAAACAGACGCGUGUGGUGAAGCCAACAUGAGUUUCUUUCGGUUGGCUUUUAAUGUUGCGAACUGUGUUCUGGUUUUUCUGUAAAUGUCACUGUAGUGUUGCGGUUUUGUACGUUCUGCGCGGCUGCUCUGGCCUGUUAGCGUUUCGAUGUGGAUAACCUAUGCGUUCUAUGUCAAGUAAAGUGCUAAACAGCUAGCUUUCCAAUAGAAUUUUUUUUUUUUUUUUUUUUACAAUUCAUUUCCAGCUGCCUGUUUAUGUUCGAUGUAGCGAUUUUUAGAUUCACGAGGCUACUUACGCUGUUAUGCGGGCAUGGCAAAGGCAGCUUUUGCGAUCUUUUUGCAGCAUUCUUAAGAUUUUUAUCGCGAAUGGCCAGAGGUGUGUUCGAGUGUAAACCUCUUUUUUUUUUGCGAAGCCUGGAUCGUAUGGCGUGUUCAAGCGAGGCGUAAUAUGUUUGUUAGAAAAGGAAGGAAAGUGUGAAGCUUUAUACGAAACAUUCCAGUUGAUUGAGCCGAUGCGGCUUUUUUUUUCUUUUUUUUUUCGCAGGAAGUAAAAGGGAUGACGAUCUUACUAUUAAGAUGUUUUUUUUUUUUUAAAUAAAUGAAAAAAACUUGCAUUUUCUCUGCUUAACUAUGUGGAAACCUGCUGCCCCUCCCCCCCUUCGGUCCUCCUUCCAGUGUUUUCUGUGCUGCCCCUCCCCCGCUUCCUUUUUGCCUGUGUAAAUGUAUUUAAACCACAAAGUAGAUGUGUGUGCACACUUUCCAAUGCUGAUGAAAAACCCUCCUACAGGAUGAAACCAUCAAUAAAGAAAAUAAAAAAAGGA